GACAACUUAAUCAGCUGAUCAUGAAAGUCGACGUGUUGAUGUUGUUAUUGUGAUAUUUCUGAAAAAACCAAUUCCAAUCUUCAUUACUCUGGAGAUCAGAAAAAAUAUUUUAUUCUUAAUGACUUUGUAUCUAUCAUGUCGAACCACGAAGUUAUACAAGAAUAUUCCAAUUCAAUAAAAAAUCUCAAAAAGCAAUGUAUUGACGCCGGCAUGACUGAGGAUGAAUUUCGAAGAAUGUAUUUAAAUUCUCUAGAAACACUAGAUGAUGCUGACCGCCCUGCUAAUGUACAGCGCAGAGCUGUUACUAAAUAUAGAGUUUUACUUGUUGGACUUCUCAUUACUCUUUACAUAGUUUAUGAUUAUAAAAGUAUAUACAGCAGUGUCGUAUGUAACUUACAAGAGUAUAUUUACCCCGGUUUGAAACUAUUGAGAAAAAUGUCAAUACCAUUUAUAUCACUGUUCCCUUCCCUAACAGAAUACUAUCAUGAAACGUGUUUGAUACAAAAUCCUUACUUUGCUGUUGUUGACAUGGACUGCUGGCCUUGUAGUACAGUGACCAACAUCAGACAGGUUUAUGAUCCAAAACCAGUCAGUCAGCAACAAACUGCACCAUUUAUUUAUGAGACUGAACAGCAGAUAAUAAACAUGGAAAUGUUAAAGCAAAUGUAUUUAUUAAACAAAGAGACAUUUGAUAAAGAAUCUCCAAAGAUUUUAACAAAUAACAAGUAUUAUUCAAGUCCCCAUUAUUUAUUUAUUGACAGACCAAUAGAUGACCAGAGUUUCUAUAUCUGGAAAUUCAAUAACAUGAAUGUAGCAAAAGUAUUAAGACAAGUUAUACCAAGACCAAAAGUAGUCCCAAAGUUUGGACAAAGCACUGAAAGAUUUAUAAUCAUUGACACAAGUCAAAGAUCUUUCAAUAUUCCUGAUACAGAAUGCAGUUUCUCAUUUCUAUUAGCUUUAAGCGGAUCUAGAGAAAUACAUUUGUUACCAGCUGAAGAAUGUAAACACCAGUGCAAGCCACUGAAAGUUGAAUUGAAGGAAACUUAUUUAUUGUGGUACAACUGGUGGUAUUGGAGGCCUGCAGUCCAGAGCUCAUUGGGCAACAACACAUUUAUUGCUCAUGUCGGGUCAUAUUGCUGACCAGAGUUUUUACAUAGUGUUUAAGAAAUUAUUCUAUUUAUGCUCACCGGCUAUGCAUUCCUAAGCUCAAUAACAUAGACAGAUCUGUCUCUUCUAUAUUUAUUAUUUAUUUAUAGAUUAUGGGAAUACACCAAAAAUUAAAAUACAAAAAUGGAAUGUACAAAACACCAAUUUAUUAAAUCAUAAAAUAAAUAAAAUUAACUAAAAAU